GAUGAUCUCCUUUCUCAUUUAUAUAAUCUCUUGAAGAUAGUUUACUAGUAUGUCGCCUAUUAUAGGCUAGCAUCAAGUACUCUUGUCGCUAGUUUUUCGUUCUUUAAUCUCUUCGGCAUCUUUUGCUUUAUAUAUAGUUAUUGUCUAAAAGAAACGUAAAUCAACAAGUAGCCAUGGCAAAUAAUAACAACGAGGAAAAAGCUCGCCAGCUCCUACUCCAAGCAGAGAAAAAACUCGGAUCUUCGAAAGGUAUUCUCUCGUCAUUGUUUGGAAGUCCUUCCAAGACUGAAGAAGCAGCUGAAUUAUUUGUCAGGGCUGCAAAUGCAUUCAAGAUGGCCAAAAACUGGGCUUCUGCUGGACAAUGUUUUUGUAGAGCAGCCCAGCUUCAGAUUAGUCUUCAAAGUCGACAUGAAGCUGCAUCACAUUAUGUUGAUGCAGGGAAUGCUUACAAGAAAGCUGAUCCUAAUGAAGCUAUCAACAGCCUCUUGAAAGCUGUUGAAAUUUACACAGAUAUGGGUAGAUUCACUAUCGCUGCCAAACAUCAUAUUACUGUCGCUGAAAUAUAUGAGAAUGAGAUGGCUGACAUUGAGCAGGCUAUUUCUCACUAUGAACAAGCUGCUGACUAUUAUAAAGGAGAAGAAUCCACAAGUGCAGCUAAUAAAUGCUUCCUGAAAGUGGCUCAAUACUCAGCACAGCUAGAGCAGUACCAAAAAGCAAUUGAUAUUUAUGAAGAGGUUGCUUCUGCUUCAAUGGAGAAUUCAUUAUUGAAAUACAGUGCUAAAGAUCAUUUCUUUCGAGCUGCUCUCUGUCAUAUGUGUAAUGAUAUUGUUAAUGCUAAACUGGUGAUUCCAAAAUACGAGGAGAUGUUCCCGGCAUUCUCUGACUCAAGGGAGUGUAACUUAUUAAAGACUGUUUUGGAUUCAAUGGACAACAUUGAGGCAUUCACUAAAGCUGUUAGUGACUACGAUUCCAUAUCUCGGCUAGACCAAUGGCUGACGAUGAUUUUCUUGAGAAUCAAGAAUAAAAUCACAGAAGAGGAGGAGAACAUUUGUUAAAACUUCUAGGAUGUUUUCCUUGUUGACUGUUAGUUUUUAACCCUCUUCCUUAUUACCUCCUUUUUUCAACAAACACAUUCUCUUCCACUCCCAUCAUUUCUUUAAUUUUAGGGUAGGAAUUAGUUAUACUAUCCUAAGCACCCCUCUCCCUUAUGCAAUUAAACUAUUACAGAGAAGUUUGUUAUCAGUAUACCCCUUUCACUGUAUUCUGUAAGAUUAGGCUACUAGUAAUCCUUUGAGAUCCUACUUUCUAAUCUAAUCUUUGUUACUUGAUGCUAUUUUUAAAAUCUCUUUCUUUCUCUCUCAUAUAUAUAUGAAGAUAUUUUGAGUCAGCACAAAAAGAGUUCAGAAUUAAUAUUGAUCAGUAAAAAGUUUUGAAACUUUUGUGAUUUUUGUGAUUUUGUGAUUCUGAUUCUGGAUAGCUGGGAUGAUCAGAUGAACUAAAUAAAAUGUAUAUCUGGUAUCCAGCAAACAUUGUUAAGGAUUCUGAACAAACUGGACAUUUGAUUAAGCAAUGGAUGCCUUGUGCUUGAAUUUUCUAGCUUGAUUUGUUUGAGAGGAGUUCAGGAAAACAAAUGCAAUUGAUUAGCUAUCCAUGGGGUGUCUUCCUCUUGUUUAUAAUGCUGUGGAAGCUGGGGUAACUCCAAGCUCCAAGCCUGCAUAGCUUAAAAUAAUAGAAAUAAUAUAUAUUUAUAUGUAUGAAUAUAUAUAUAUGUGUGUGUGUGUGUGUCUGUGUAUCUAUAUAUAUGUAUACACACAUACAAAGUAUUCCUGCCCUUUUAGGUCACAGGUUAAUCACUGCUUGAAUACCUAACUUCUACUUGAAUUAUAUUUGUACUGUGAAUUUUUUUGCUUUUUUUCAUCAUUAUUUUAAUAAUGUAAAGGUUGAAUGGAAAUACUCACUGUGUCCUAACAUUUGUUUCCCAUCCCUUGUUUCUAAAGGGAAAGCUAAGAAAGCUAUGAAUACUUACAAACCGUUACCUAGUUUAACACAGCUACCUGCCUCUGUAUGUCUUUAGUGAAAUACACUCUGUCACAAGUAUUUAAGAUAGGUUUCCACUUUGAGAAUACCUAGCACUUCCUUCCCUCCAGUCUUGGAGGCUCUGGAAACAAUCAUACACAUUUCCCUUUCUCUUGACUAAGCACUGAAAACAAAAUUGUCCCAGAAAUAAUUCUAACUUGAGUGUUGAGGAAUGAUGGUGGUAAAAGUGAUAGUAGUGGUGAAUCAGUUAUGGGGAGGGGGGUUGAAUCUUUCUCCCACUAACCCCGCAGUUCAGGAUAGAGAAAUUAAGAUCAAGGAAGAUAACUUAAGUAUUUGACAAUGAUUUUUUUUGUGUGUGUGUAUGUGUGGUUAGCCGUAUGAGUUUAUGAAUUUCCUUCCCCCUACCUCUUAUUUCUGUGAACACUUUGUUUGAUAUCAAAGAAAAUUUGUAUCUUUUGUCAACCAAAUUUCUCCAUUCUUCUGAAGAAUCAUUCCUCUAUAUUUAAUUCAUUGAGUUAUCUAUUAUUUCUUUUUAAAUUUUAAAUUUUCUUUUUGCAUCCAGUGUUUCUAUGGCUUUUCUUUGAAUAAAACAUGGAAACUGCUUUUAGCAUUGCAUUAGAUAAGCCUACAUUGACACUGGGA